AUGGACAGUAAGGCAACCCACACCUCUCCGGCUUUGCAAUGUCAGUUGGAACACAAAGGGAUCGUCCACGUUGCAACAUUCAAUCAUGGGGCUCAGUAUGUGCUAACCGGGGGGCAGGAUCGGACGAUUCGACUCUGGAAUGCCAAGACUGGAAACUUCAUCAAAGACUACAGCGGGCAUGGGUAUGAGAUAUUAGGAAUUGCAGUCUCCCCAAAUAAUUCAUUCCUUGGAAGUGUUGGUGGAGACCGUUCGGUCUUCUAUUGGGACGUAUCAACCGGCGCCAUAUUGAGACGCUUUAGUGGACACACCGGCCUAAUAAAUGCAUGUGCUUUCAGUUUCGAUGGUAACUUGCUCAUCAGUGGAAGUUUUGAUGCCUCCAUAAGGGUUUGGGAUAUCAAAUCUCAACAGCGCCAUCCAAUUCAAAUUUUUCAAGAUGCCAAGGACUCGAUCACUUCGAUAAUUGUAUCCGGUAGCGAAUUCAUUACUGGCUCGGUGGAUGGCUAUGUUCGCUCAUACGACGUCAGAAUGGGGCAAGUGAUGGAAGAUUAUUUUGAAGAUCCUGUAACAUCAAUUCACCUGCUGAACGACGCGAAAACAAUGGCCGUGUCUACGCUGAACUCGACGAUCCGACUGAUGGACCGUGAAAGAGGGGAAAUGCUGCAAAAGUUUACCGGUCAUCGAGUUUUAAAUUAUCGAAGUCACAUAAGUAUGAGCUAUGAUGAAGCCCAAGUGCUUGCGGGUGAUGAAGAUGGGCUACUGUGGGCAUGGGACCUUGAGAGUGGAAAGAGAAACGAAAGGAUGAGCUUUGAUGCCCAUCAAAAGCAUAUCACUUGGGUCGAAUGCCACCCGAAAACAAAUUGUUUCAUUACAGCAUCUGCAGACGGUUUUACACGGCUUUGGAAUCUCGGGAAAUAA